AUGCCUUUGCCCGAGGACAAGCACGUUGUAGAGACCAGCCAAGGCCUCGUUGAUACUCUUCAUGGCAUCUUUGGCCCUCAUCCAGGUUUUCGUCCAGCACAUGCGAAGGGCGUUCUCUUGAAAGGCACAUUCACACCCACCGAGACGGCCAAGUCGCUCUCGAUAGCACAGCACUUCACCCAGCCAUCCACGCCCGUCAUCGCACGCUUCUCAUCCUCGACCGGCAUCCCCAAUCUCCCCGAUAAUGACGCCAACGGCAACCCGCGCGGCCUGGCCGUGCGCUUCAAGCUGGCCGAGACGCCGCGCCGCGUGCACACCGACAUCGUCGCGCACUCUGUGGACGCCUUCCCCGGCAGCAACGGCGACGAGGCGCUGGCCUUCUUCAAGGCCCUGGCCGACGGCUCCAUCGGCGACUACCUCGGCUCGCACCCCAAGGCGCUGGCCUUUGUGCAGCUGCCCAAGCCGUUCCCGGCCAGCUUCGCGACCGAGAAGUUCUUCGGCGUCAACGCCAUCGCGCUCGUCGACGGCGCCGGCAACAAGACGUUCGUGCGGUAUCGCAUUGUGCCCGAGGCUGGAUUCAAGACGCUCAGCGACGACGAGGCAAAGGCCCAGCCUGAGAACUACCUCUUUGACGCCGUGCCCGAGCUGCUGAAGAAGGCCCCCAUCGUGUUCAAGCUGACGGCGCAGGUCGCGGAGGAGGGCGACGUCACGGACGACGCGUGUGUGCACUGGCCGGAGGAGCGCAAGGUUGUGGAGCUCGGCACGAUCAGUCUGGAGGGCUUGGAGGAGGACGACGCUGCGCAACAGAAGCACAUCAUCUUCGACCCGGUCCCGCGAGUGCCCGGCUUGGAGCCGUCGGCGGAUCCGUUGCUCGAUGUGAGAGCGGGCGUGUAUCUUAUUAGCGGAAAGGAACGUCGGUCUGCAUAG